AGAGUAACAAUAGUUGCAUUUGCAAUGUUUCGUUUAAAUAUGUAGUGAAAACCUAUUUUUAUUCAAAUGAAGGAGACAUUCGCCUACACUUAUGGGAACAUAGAAAAAUGAAUGGUACCAACAGACAGUGAAGGAAGAAAAUGCGGAAUCGAUUUCAUAGUGAAAGUAUUUCCGCGGCUACGACCUGCAGCACUCCACAAGUUUGUGAAUCAAAAUGUCCCACGGAGAAUUUUAUUUACACUUCGAGAAAUUCUCAAUCUUCAGUAGAAGGAACAAAAUUAAAACUAAUCUGCGAAAUGGGUAUAAAUUUGACCUCAGUUUCGACUUGGAAGGAUUUGGAUAUUUUUAUUUCGAAUGAAAAAUGUGCCAGGUGGUAUUUAAAUAGUACAUCGAUUACAAAAAGAUUUGUUCCUCUUAAACCCUUGAAAGGAUUUGUAGAUAUGACGAUUGAUGAAAACAAAUUAAAUUUGGCUAAAAAAGCUAUUGAAGUUUUUGCUCAAAUCGAAAGAGUUUUGAAAGAAAUUUCGGAAGAUUUAGAGAAAAUCAAGUACUUGAUUCCGGUCUUCAUUUUUGGAUGUGAAUUAUUAACAAUUAUCUAUAUCCAUCUUUUGAGAUGGUUCACGACUCCAUUUGUUUGCCUCUCAAUUUUUAUAACUUGUCUUUUGCUCGGAGUAGGAAUUUUUGUGUGUUACGAUGUAUAUUCUGCAGCAACGGGAAACGUUGCAAAAAUUUGGCUAGCAAUAGCAAUUAUUUGUGGUAUUGUUUUAGGAAUCACCAUGUUAAUUACUUUCUUCCUGCGACAGAGAAUUUAUUUGGCUUGCCAACUCAUCGAGGAAUCUAGCAAAUACCAUUUAGGAACAGUCGCGUUUGGAUCCUUAGUAAUAACCAUCUGCAAGGUUAUUCGAACAAUUUUGGAAGCAAUAAACAAAAAAUUGAAGCAAUACAACAACGAAGUGGCGAGUGCCGCUAUAAAAUGUUGCAAAUGGAAUUUCUGGCUUCUGGAGAAUUUUUUCAAGUAUAUAAUACACGCGUAUAUCAUGUGUGCAAUUGAUGGAAAAGGAUUUUAUGAUUCUGCAAAAGAAUCCUUUUCCCUUCUGAUGAGAAAUAUCAUUAGAGUUGUGUUACUCACCAAGAUUACAGAUUGAAUUUUAGGUGCUGGAAAAAUCUUCAUAAUCGGUUUAAGUGUUUUUUCCAUCUUCUUGUGGUACCACCAAGAGGAAAAUGUGGUUCACUAUAGGAUCGUUCCUAUUCUUUUAGUUGGAGUUGGAUCUGUGGUUCUCACUUCUGUAUUUUUUCAAGUUCAAACUGCAGCGAUUGACACGCUUUUUCUCUAUUUUCUCGAAGACUCUGAACGCAACGAUGGAUCUUACGAAAAACCUUAUUUCAUGAACAGAAAACUUUUAAAAGUUUUGCACCGGCAGUCUGAAUGAUUGGUCAUAAAAUUAAACUGUUGCUGAGUUUGUAUAUUGCCCAUGAUAAAUUUGCAAAAUU